AUGCUGGUGACAUCAAUUGAACCCGACCCAAGUCCUCCACUCGAGCAACAAGUGCAGAUACGCCCGGACACCAAUGCAAGUCAUGUACCUGCAACGUCCGGCAGUACCCUCUUACCUCGACCAGUUGCAUCGCUAGUCUCACUGGUCGCUCAAUCAACAUCGCUGUCGUUGCGGGUUGGAACAUUUUUCGGGGGAGUGGCUUUAGAUGGAGCUCGUGCGACGACCUUGACAGGUCUGGAAUUAGGCCGAGCAGUUAUUGAAGGGGUCUUGACUCGAGCCGGGAGAGACGUUGCCGUCCGCAGUGGAGAUGAACAUGGUCGACAAGAGGUGGAGUCGCUCUUGGAACGAAGUCUGGGCAUUCUUCAUAAUACCGUUACCUCGGCAUCCUUUUUUGCUGCCGCUUCAUUUCAUUUCUCAUCGACGACAUUGGCGUCCGUUGCCAACUUUACCCAGGCGCUCUUAUCUACUCUAGACGCGAUCCUGGGAUCUACCGAAUCUUCGAGGGCGAUUGCAGCUAUCAUUACACUCAUUCGUCGUGAAUUCCGCUCGGUCGACACUUCUGUGAGCAAUGAGGAUAUCGGAGUGGGUGAUCUCUUCCUGGGAUCGGUAGGAUUCGCACUCCUACAGCGAUGGGGUAAGAAGAACACCGAGCGGAGAAUUCGCCAAGAUGGCGGUGACGAGGUCGUCUGGGACAUGGUCAUUCUCGACAGUGGCUUAAGAGCCGAUGUAGUGGGAGCGCAUCGAGUGCAAUUCGAGGAUGACAUUGAACGCCAAACCCUUCGUGAAGGAAGUGCGUCAUUCGCCAUGCCGGAACACGAUGAAGCAUUUGAAGCCAUACAGAGGCGUGCGAGCAACCCGGAGGAUUUUCCUGGCUCUCUCCCAUCCUUGGACAGUGGACAAGAAAUCUCCGACGAGGAAAUUCGGUCGCACAUCAUGAAACAAUUACCAUCAGGUUGCCGUGCGACAAUUGAAUCGGAACUACUUACGGCGCGCACCGUGACAGUGGACAUUUUUGACGACGACAUGACAGAGUUUGAUGCUCCUCCGGGUACAACUAUCAUCGCGGAAAGAUUCCACCAUGAUCAAGUGUACAACGCCGGAGCGCCAGUUAGUCAAAGACUUCCCAGACAUACAAUUGUCUUCCGGACCGCCUUCAACAAGUCUCAAAGCACAGAGCUACGCCCCCGUACGAACUCGCUCAAUUCGGAACCAACUCACAUACACAAUCUCCCGUGUACUGCGACUAAGGAGCAUGCAUCAAACUUCACAGAAACCGCACGAGAUGACCGAAAAGGCCCUCAUAUAACAUCUCCGCUUGAAAAUUCCACAGCUCGACAGAAUCCUAUCAUCACAGAAGUUGACAAAGAUCAGAGCCAGGAAAUACUGUGUGAUAAGGACCCAUUUACAAGAUUAGCAAAGAGAGCUAAAUCAGAAACCUCUGUUACGACAAAGAGCCUUUCCAUCAAGAAGUCGACCGUAAAAACUCCAUCUGCUCGGAGUACGCCAGAUCCGCUGCCCGGGGAGAGCUCAGAACGAGGUGCGAAAAAUUUCCAAAAAAUGAGAGUACUCUACUCCACGCACUUGAACCCAAGGCCAGGUCGAAACGAAUCAUAUCAUUCCCGGUCCAUGGUGCCCACGCCUGAUCAGGAAUCAAGGAAAGCGCCCCAUCCGCAGCCUGGUCAGUUAACCGCCAGUGAUAAAUACGCCUUCAAGGGCGACGGUUCUGAUCAUACCAGUGUUCCGCCUCGACACUUUGCUAUGCGCGAGAGGAAACAUGAAGUCCGGGCAAGCUACAGGGAUAGCUUCUCGCAUCGUCAAGCGGACACUCGCCCUGGGUCGCCGAUAAAUGCAAGGACACAUGUUCGGAGCAGUAGCUCCUUGUCUUUGACAAAAUUGGAGACUGAUGGAAGACUCUCCGCGAAUGAUCAUCGACCCAGCUCCUCAGCGACGUAUGGGCGGUCACCAUCAUACACACCUAGUAUGUACUCGAUAGCAACAGCGGGGUCUGAAUCAUCACUUGUCCUGGCGCAUCGGCCUCGUAAGAGUGUUUAUGAAGAUAUGAGCACACUGCAGGCCUUACAUCGGGAUGGCCAUGUACCGGGGAUUUUUCCCGGUCGGCAUUUCGUUCAGAAUAUCCGUCGUUUCUGUCGUUUCUCCUCUGCAUCUUAUGGUGCAAAUGCGCUCAAGGUGAUGGGAGCAACACAGAGCACAAAAGGCCUUCCUGCGUGUGAGUCGGAUCGUCAUGAGCAUGAUGCCUUUUCGGACUAUGCCGGUCUGCCGUCCGCAACGAUUCUACUUUCCUCCUUUGUUGAUCCAGCUGGGGGGACGAAUGCUGCUGGUGAGACUGAGAGUGGGUUCCCUCUCGUCCACUAUCUCUCCAUUGACCAUGAGUCUAAAGCGCUCGUUCUGACCCUUCGCGGCACAUGGGGCUUUGAAGACAUUCUCACAGAUAUGACCUGCGAUUAUGACGACCUGGAAUGGCAGGGUAAGAGCUGGAAAGUCCAUAAAGGAAUGCACGCCUCGGCCAAGCGGCUGCUCGAGGGGGGUGGUGGCCGUGUGAUGACCACUUUGCGCGCUGCGCUGGAAGAAUUUCAAGACUACGGUGUGGUUCUCUGUGGCCAUUCUUUGGGGGGUGGUGUCGCGGCUUUGUUGGCGAUUCUAAUUUCAGAGCCCAGUGGCUCUCUCACAGGCACAUCAUUUGUGACGGCCUCGUACAAGCCAUUCCCCCGGGCAAAUCAAACUACCGAUGACAUCGAGUUGAGACAAAGAGUGCCUACUGCUUCAACGAGCGACGUCGUGCCCAUCUAUGACCUACCAACCGGGCGACCUAUUCAUGUCUACGCCUACGGACCGCCCGCUGUGAUGUCCCCUUUCCUGAGAAGAGCCACGCGCGGGCUUAUCACGACGAUUGUGAACGGCUCUGACGUCGUUCCCUGUCUAUCACUCGGAAUUCUUCAUGACAUGCACGCUGUUGCGUCAAUGUUCAAACGCGACGUCUCCGGCGCGAAAUCACGCGUCCGUCAACGACUACACGAGAGCUUCCGCCAGAGCAUCAUGCACAAAUUUUACGUCGAUCAGCCUCCCCAUGUCCUCCACGCUGGCAAUGGCGUCGGCGAAGACUCGUGGGCGUGGGACACGCUCGGUCUCCUCCGGGAUGAAAUGCGUGCACCCAAGCUGGUGCCGCCCGGAGAAGUUUUUGUAGUUGAAACAACGCGCGUCCUGCAGAGGGAAGCGUUCACGGCAGCACCUGAAUUUGGGAGAGACAGUUACCCGAGACUUGGAAGGCCGGCGACCCGUGUACAAAUGCGAUUCGUGCGUGAUGUUGAGGGCUUUUUUGGAGAAUUGAGGUUUGCCUCGGGGAUGCUCAGUGAUCACAACCCUGCGCGAUAUGAAACAAGUCUAGCGGCUUUGGCGAGAGGAGUACUCGACGAGUGA